AUGUCAAAGUCAAAAGCAGAUGAUUAUGAUGAGCUCAAAGCAGCGUUACUCCGGAGAUAUGAUAUGACGGGAGAAGGUUUCAAAAGAAAGUUUCGUUCUUGUCGUCCCGAAAAUGGUGAAACAUUUUCUCAGUUUACUGUCAGAUUAGGUUCUUACCUUACUCGUUGGAUAGAAAUGUCUAAGAUCUCUAUGACUUUUGAAGCUCUCUUUGAACUUACACUUCGCGAUCAGUUCUUACAUAAGUGCAAUUAUGAUUUGCUGGUGUUUCUUAAACAGAACGUCCCAAAGACGGCAGAUGAAUUAUGCAUUCUAGCAGACCAAUUUAGAGAGGCGAGAAACACAAGCGCUUCAAAUCUAUGUUCGAAGGUUAUGAAGAAACCUACGGAAGUACAAGUAAGUAAGACGCAAGUAAAACCUAAAGAUCUACAGCAACGACCCCAAAACCAGAAGUCUUCGUUCGUUCCAGUGACAGAGAGAAAAUGUUACAUUUGUGGUAAGCAGGGUCAUAUAGCUCCACAGUGCCACAAAUCCAAAGGUAAGAUUUCAGGUGCGCUAGUACAUAAAGAUGAGCGCAGAGACGUUGACAAAACAACAGAGAAUUGUUCUGCAUUUGUUUGCAGUGAGAACUCGGUUCUGUACUCGCAGGUAUAUGACAAAUCAACCAUUUUAACUUCAGCAUGUCACAGCACUAGGAAACCAAUGCCACUUUCGGCUGGAUAUGUACAUGGUCAACCAGUCACACUUCUUCGAGAUUCUGGUUGUCAAAAUAUUGUGGUAAGGAGAAGCUUGGUGAAAGAUGAAAGUUUAACAGGUAAAAGUGAGACUUGUAUUUUAGCAGAUAAUACCAAAAGAGUUGUGCCACUUGCAAAGGUAUGUAUAGAUUCUCCAUAUGUGACAGGUGAAUGUGAGGUUUGGUGUAUGGAAAACCCUGUUUUUGAUUUGAUCAUUGGAGAGGUACACGACGCAAGGAAACCCCAUGAUCCCGACCCAGAGUGGAGACCAAAGACUGUCUUAGCAGUGGAGACUCGACGGCAAGCAAGAGAAAAGAAGAAACCUUACCCAGCUCUUAGAGUUCCAGAUAUAGUCAAGGAUGAUAUCAAACCUGAGGAUAUACAGCGUGAACAACAGGCAGAUCCAUCCAUUGAAACAUCACGUCGGAAUGCAAAAGAAGGUCUCAUAUCGCGUAAUGGGAAGGUAGGAUGGUUAGAGAAAAGAGGACUUUUGUACAGGGAGUAUCAAGCAUCGGAAAAGGAAGGAGGUAAGGCUUUUUCACAGCUCAUAGUACCUUCUAAAUUUCGAACGAUUGUUAUGAAGCUAGCACACGAAUCAGUUAUGUCAGGUCAUCUAGCAACAGGUAGGACUAUAUCCAGAAUUUUGUCAGAAUUCUUUUGGCCUGGUAUGCAAUCUGAAAUUAAGCGGUUCUAUCAAUCAUGUGAUACGUGCCAGAGAACUGUUUCAAAAGGUAAGGUGAGCAAAGUCCCGCUGGACAGAAUGCCUCUGAUAGAUGUACCAUUUAAGAGAGUGGCAGUAGAUAUAAUCGGUCCAUUGCAUCCGGCGACAGAUAAAGGUAACCGAUUUAUAUUAACCUUAGUAGAUUACGCAACGAAAUAUCCAGAGGCUAUAGCGCUCCCAGGUAUAGAUACUGAACGGGUUGCAGAGGCUUUAUUAGAAAUGUUUUCGCGUAUUGGGGUACCAGAGGAGGUUCUUGCAGACAUGGGUACACAAUUUACAUCUGGACUUACGAUGGAGGUAAGUAGGCUAAUUUCAGUGAAACAGCUGACGACAACACUGUACCACCCCAUGUGUAACGGACUAGUGGAAAGGUUUAACGGUACGUUGAAACAGAUGUUAAAGAGGAUGUGUAUCGAUCGACCAAAGGAUUGGGACAAGUACCUAGCAGCCGUCCUCUUUGCAUAUCGUGAAGUACCACAAGAAAGCUUAGGCUUCUCUCCAUUUGAGCUAGUGUACAGUCGCACUGUUCGAGGACCUAUGACGAUUCUCAAAGACCUUUGGACGAGGGAAAUACAGGAUUCACAGGUAAAGUCCACUUAUCAAUAUGUAUUUGAUCUCAGAGACCGGUUAGAGUCAACCUGUGAACUGGCCCAUCAGAAUCUGGAGAAAGCAUUUAGGAGACACAGAGCUUACUUCAAUAAGAAAGCAAGAAGUCGUAACAUGAAGCCAGGUGAGAAAGUUUUAGUUUUACUACCUACUGACAGUAAUAAGCUGUUAAUGCAGUGGAAAGGGCCAUUCCAAAUUGUCAAGAAGAUAGGUAAUGUUGACUACCAAUUAGACAUGAAUGGAAAACUCAAAACCUAUCAUGCUAAUUUGUUGAAAAGUUAUAUUGAACGUUCAGUUCCAUUGGUAAGUUCUGCAAUGUCUGUUGUCAGUUCAGAUAAAAUUGAUGAGUCGGAGUACGGAGAUGAACAAGAAGGGUAUGUAGAUUCAUGUAAGGUAGAAACAUACAAGAAUGUAGAUUUGAACCCAGACCUGAGUAAGCAGGAGAGGGAGACUUUGAUGGAACUUCUGCAUAGUUUUAGUGACGUUUUGAGUGACAAACCAGGUCACACCCAUGUAUUGGAACAUGACAUACGGACAACUACAGACAAACCCAUUAGAGUAAGUCCUAGGCAAAUUCCAUUUGCAAUGAUAGAAAGGGUUAAGGAGGAGGUAAGUAAAAUGUUAGAGAUGGGGGUCAUAGAAGAAUCAGAAAGUCUUUAUUCGUCACCUAUUGUUUUGGUUGUGAAGAAAGACAAAACUUAUCGGUUUUGUGUAGAUUUCAGGGGACUUAAUCGAAUUAAUGUGUUUGACGCAGAGCCAAUGCCAGAUAUGGAUGCGAUAUUUGCAAAAUUGUCAGGUCACAAGUUCUUUUCACGUCUAGAUCUUUCUAAGAGUUAUUGGCAGGUGCCACUUCACUUACUCAGUCUGCUCGUCCUUUAA